CCCGCCGCGGCCAUGGCGGACAGCGCCAGCGAGAGCGACACGGACGGGGCGGGGGGCAACAGCAGCGGCUCAGCCGCCAUGCAGUCGUCCUGCUCGUCGACCUCGGGCGGCGGCGGCGGCGGUGGCGGCGGGGGAAGCGGCGGCGGUGGGAAGUCGGGGGGCAUUGUCAUCUCGCCGUUCCGCCUGGAGGAGCUCACCAACCGCCUGGCCUCGCUGCAGCAGGAGAACAAGGUGCUGAAGAUCGAGCUGGAGACCUACAAACUCAAGUGCAAGGCGCUGCAGGAGGAGAACCGCGACCUGCGCAAAGCCAGCGUGACCAUCCAAGCCAGGGCUGAGCAGGAAGAAGAAUUCAUCAGUAACACCUUAUUCAAGAAAAUUCAGGCUUUGCAGAAGGAGAAAGAAACCCUUGCUGUAAACUAUGAGAAAGAAGAAGAGUUCCUCACUAAUGAGCUCUCCAGAAAGUUGAUGCAGUUGCAGCAUGAGAAAGCCGAACUAGAACAACAUCUCGAACAGGAGCAGGAAUUCCAGGUGAACAAACUGAUGAAGAAAAUUAAAAAACUGGAGAACGAUACGAUUUCUAAGCAGCUUACAUUAGAGCAGCUGAGACGAGAGAAGAUCGACCUUGAAAAUACUUUGGAACAAGAACAAGAAGCACUAGUUAAUCGUCUCUGGAAAAGGAUGGAUAAACUUGAAGCUGAAAAGCGAAUCCUGCAGGAGAAAUUAGACCAGCCGGUCUCCGCUCCCCCAUCACCUAGAGACAUCUCCAUGGAGAUCGACUCUCCAGAAAACAUGAUGCGCCACAUCAGGUUUUUAAAGAACGAGGUGGAGAGGCUGAAGAAGCAACUGAGAGCUGCUCAGUUACAGCAUUCAGAGAAAAUGGCCCAGUAUCUGGAGGAGGAACGUCACAUGAGGGAAGAGAACUUGAGGCUGCAGAGAAAGCUGCAGAGGGAGAUGGAGAGAAGAGAAGCCCUCUGUCGACAGCUCUCUGAGAGCGAGUCCAGCUUGGAAAUGGAUGAUGAAAGGUAUUUUAACGAGAUGUCUGCACAAGGAUUAAGACCUCGCACUGUGUCUAGCCCGAUCCCUUACACGCCUUCUCCGAGUUCAAGCAGGCCUAUAUCACCCGGUCUAUCGUAUGCAAGUCACACAGUUGGUUUCACGCCACCAACUUCACUGACUAGAGCCGGAAUGUCUUAUUACAAUUCCCCAGGUCUUCAUGUGCAGCAUAUGGGAGCAUCCCAUGGUAUCACAAGGCCUUCACCACGGAGAAGCAACAGUCCUGACAAAUUCAAGCGGCCCACGCCGCCUCCAUCUCCCAACACACAGACCCCAGUCCAGCCGCCUCCGCCUCCGCCUCCGCCACCCAUGCAGCCUGCGGUCCCCUCAGCAGCCACUUCGCAGCCCGCCCCCUCGCAACAUUCGGUGCACCCCUCCUCCCAGCCUUAAUGCAUGUGCUUAGUCUGAAUCUCACGUUGGGACUCGUACAGUGGAGCCGUCUACUCAAUGCCAAAGGCUUCCUUCCCUGGCAUAUUUGGAUCUGACUUAUUUGCACUGAGGUUAUCUAAGCUUCACUAUUAAUUGUGCUGUAAAUGUUUGUCGGAAACGCAGCCAGUGUUGUGGGUCAGCAACACUAAACAGACGACUUUUUCCAUCAGUGUUUUACUUGAAUCUACACGUACGUCCAUUCCCUGGCUGGAACAUUCGCUAUUCAAUAUUUGGUAAUUCAGCAGCAGUGUGCAAUUUUUGCUUGGCCCCAGAGCUUCAUUUUCCUGGCUUUUAGGUUUGUAAAAUAAAAAGGGAUAUCUUUUUUAUAUUUUUUUCCAUGAAUUUGCAGAAAAUUACUGAGCUGUUAUUGCCCCUCCCCCCAUUAUAAUGGUGUUUACCAAACAUACCAAUAAUUUAGCACUACAAUUCAGACCUUUGAAAAUCUAGCUUUCAGUGUAGAAUGGAAAGUUAGAUGGAUCAGUGCCCAACACAAUAUACUGUUUAAUAGAGCUUUCUACAGAUAUACUUUUUAUAGGUUAUUUUCAGUAUAUAUCAACAUCCGUGUCUCUUGUAAAACAGCCUAAAGUAAUGGAUCAUAUGGCUGUCUCUAUUCCGCAUACGUAGGAUGGAUAAUUAUUGUAUAUUGAAGUGUGAUUCUUUCUUUAUCCUUAAUGUUAAUCUUCCCAAACUGACCCCUUCUAACAUGAGUCGAUAAAUGUUGUCCUACCCACCAGUGGUUGCGAUGGCUGAUUAGAACGUGCUAUUUGAUUUCUGCUGCAGAAGGCAAUGUGAUUGUAACAAAAACAGCUAUUUUCCCUUUGCAUUCUUUAUUUGUGUUCCCCUCGAAUAGAGUUCGAACAAAUAUUUUAAAGGUGCAAAAUACUAUUAGCAAAUACUAUUUGAAAUGAGCAUUAUAGGAAUAUCUUGGCAUAAUGACCACAAAAUACUUUAUUGCUUGGCAGAAAAGAAAAGAGGCGUAGAGGAAAGUAGCACAUUAGGUUGAUGACUGCUUAUUUCGCCCAGUAUAAGCAAUUGCAGUGUACAAAGAAGUAUAUUCUGAAUACGUUAUUUCCAUUCAUUUAGCACAAAUAAAUCGUUUGGUUUCACUUUGAAGUGGAACACUGUGAGUCACUCUUUUCUUAAUACUUGCAACACCUUUAUUUUUGCUUUUUAGCAGUUCCUGCUUUGUACUUUGGUAGUAAAGUGAUUUUUACCACCUGUGUUUGCAUAUUUAUAUAUGCUGUGGACGAAAAUAACUUCCUAGAGAAUGUAUAUUUUAUGAUGAGAAUGUGUAUCUGUUGGAUAUAAUCAGAGAACUGAAAAUUAAUUUAUCGGUAAUUUUUAAGAGACCAUGUUUUGUGACAACCAUCUCUACUAGCUAGCUCUUUAUUGAACACACUCCUAAAAAUAAGGAACCACGACAUUGUAGAUAUUUAAUAUUGUACAGUCUAGAAACCUCCAUUUUUGCCUUCGAAUGCAUAUUUAAGAGUUACAGAAUGAAAAAAAAGUCUUGUUGGAUAAUAGUGUUUGACUAGCAUUUUAAGAACUUGAGAGUAAAAGCAACAAUAGGGUUUUUCACCUCUUCCUGCUUCCAGCCCCAAACUGAGAACGUCACUCCUCCAUUGUUUGGAAGAAAUCAUGUCUAUAUAAAUCUUAUUUAUAAUGUGUGUAUAAUAUACAUAAUCAUAGUACAGUUCUCAACUAUGAGGAAGAAGUUUGGCACGUAAUUAUUGAGGCUUUAGGUUUUCAAUUCGACCAGAUGGGGUCGUAUCAAACCCGGGGAUUUCACCCACAGCUCACUGUCCCUCCUGGUCCAUUGCCCUUCCAAGUAAUGCUGAGAGUAGGCAAACGCAUUCUGCCUUCAUGGUACAGUUCUUGGUUUUUCUAAUAGGAGAAAUAUGGUAUAUGUUUACAAGACUCUUUUACGAGAUUAUAGAUUUCAGUGCUGUUGGACAGUGUCUUGCAUUCAAACAAGGAAGUCUGUAAUGUAAUGAUCUUCCCUCCGCUUCCUGUCAAUUUAGUUACCUCCUGAAAGCACAAAAGUUGAAACAUCACCAUUUGGUGAAUCCAAAAGCACUUGCAGUGAGCAAACAGUCCCUGGUAAAAGCCUUUUAGAGACAGGUUCUUGACAUCCAGACUUCUGCAGAAUGUAGUGCUCAUUCCCCUAGACUCGUCAUUUCAUUUCAAAAUAAAACCCAGCUCCUCCAAACAGCACUUUUUCAACAUAGAUCUACUUGCUCCCUGCGGACAUUCAGAAUCGAUAGAUCAAACACUACUAUUUUGAAGUUAUGCUGUUUCAUGUCCUUUUCAAGUGUUUUAUAACCCCGUCCCACUUGGGCUGUACCUGCUAGGGCAAUUCUUCGGCCACCAGGGACCCGUAAGAUUCAGACCCUGAGCCCAUAGAGGCAAAAGCCCCCUCACCUAGGGGAAGCUGACUUACCUCUGGCACGUCUCAUGGGGACUGAAUGCGGUUACUGCUGUUCCUGUUGCCCACUCGCCCAGGGUAACCCUGGACUGACUCCCAGAAGGCCUUUGUAAAGUCAGUAGCCAUCCCGAAGGCAGGCGGGAGCAACAGUACCUUCAGUAGCUUCAUUUUCCUGUCUUGCUGACAGAGACCCUUGGGUACCACUGUGCUGCUAAUAGGAUAAGUACUCCAUUGCCAGAUGACCAUGCCUUUUGUACAGAACCAAAUUAACUCACCUAAUACCUGACACCUCUCUGGGCUCUGAACUGCUUUCUCUCAUCAAGCAUGCUGGCAUUCUAGACAGAAUUGUAGAGAUUUGGCAGAUGAUGGAAGUAUUUAAGAUUGAAUUUAUUUCACUCAUUGUGGGUUGAAAGGAGUUUUCCAUUCUGAACUCCUGAGGUACUGACCACAACCAUGGAAUGAAUGUGUGACCAGAAUGUGGCUUUGACACCAAGUGCUGCUGUUGGUUAUAAUUGGCUUCUAACUGAUUUGACCAGAAAUAAGUAAUAAUGUGAAUUUUUGUUAACCGUUCACUUGUAGGAAAAUAGAAUAUGUACCACCUUAUGUUAGAUAGACAUGAACUUUUCCUGCACAAAGCCUUGCUUGUAGAGGAUGCCCAAUAAGGCAAGAAAAAGCAUACUAACUUGUGCUUUGAGAGCUCAAUAUUUUUAUCUUAUCAGCACAGAAGAAAUAUUUCCAUGUAACUUGAUCUUCUGUCUAGUACUUGUCGUAUAGGUAACCAACACUGAAAACUCUGUAGUGAUGACUACCAAAGAAAUACAUAGUAAAACAACCUUUUAUUUCCAAAUUAUUAAAGAGCCAGCCAUUGACGCUGCUACAUGAGUUCCAUGCUCAAGAGCCAUUGUAAGAGAUUAAGGGGUUUUUAGGUUUUUGUUUUGUUUUUUUUUCUUUUUUCCUCUUUAAUUUUUUUUGAUAAAACAUACACACACAGCUGUUAGUGUUAGAUUAUAGGGAGCAUUUUCCAGAGUGCUCCGGGGUUGUGGUAACUGCCAAGCCCUGGUUGCCUUUUGUUAGGCAAUGGAAGGAAUCCUAUGUUCAUGAUAGCGUGGGUGCUGUGUGUGUGCAUUUGUGUGUGUGCAUUCAUGCCUUAACUCGGGUUACUACUCAACUUUAGUUCUUGACUUAGUCUGCACCGUCAUCUAGAUUGUAUUGUACAUCUCGAUCUAAACUUCAUCCUGGCAAAAACAAAGUUGCAGGCAUAACAGUCUAAGAAUGCAUUCCUCCGGAAGAGUCUAUGAUCAGGUUGACCUUGAGCCUUCUUUGGACUUUAUUUGGAACUUAGCAUGGAAAGCAAAAGUGGACUGUCAAACAGAAAGACAUCAACAAGGAAGAGAGGAGAGCCAAGGGCGAGCAUGUCUUUUGCCUCUGCAUAUCCGUGCACACUGUAUGUUGUUCAUGGUAGCUUGUCUACAACUUGACUAGGUUGGAGUUCUGGUAAUAGUGGCAAUCUUGACAUUCUUGGUCAGAGUUUAGAGAGAUGUAAGACUUCCAGUUAAUGUCUUAUUUACUUCUUUAUGUUGAUUAGUCUUUGAUACAUGUGCUGAAUCAGAAACCUAAAUAAAGAUAAUUUUUUAAAAUGUA